AGCCCAAAGAUUAAAAGAACUGGGAGAUUUUAACAGUCCCAACACUCCUUGUCUGCAAGUCAACCUUUAAAGCAACGGCUGACAAGCAGAGGUGUUUCCUCCUCCCAGACGUCUGAGACACAGGAGAACUCAGCUCCCCUGUCCAAGGAGUUUGAGAACACUGUACAGUCACCACAUCAAAAUAAAUCUACUGUGCAGCCCAAACAUCGUGAGUCCACAGAGGCUGCCAUACAGUCCAAAAAACUUGACACUGUUGGAUUCACUGAGUCAUCUGCAUCCCAGGGUCAUGAUCAUACAACACAAUUACCGUUGAGUCAUUCACCUGUGGAGCUAGAGGGAUGGGUGCGUCCCUGGGAAAAUCCUAAUGGUAUCCCAUCUGCUGACAUUUCCUGGCUUAAAGAGGACACUGAAAGAGGGCUGUUUACCCCUGUUCAGACAUACAAGGAUGUUACUGGUGUGUUAAAGAGGCGACGGGUGAUUAAAUCAGAUCGCAUGUGGUUUUACCCAGCAGAACCUCCUGGCUAUGCCAGGGGUGCUGUGCCCAGUGUACAGCUCUUUUUUCGCAGCCGUGUCUUUUUGUGGCGUCCUGUUGGGGUAUGGAAGUACUCCCUGAAGUGUCCUCGAGCCGACGAGUGUGUGGGUAAAGGACAAAAUGUGCACCUAUAUAAGUCUGGCUAUCACCAUCGAGUACUAGUACUGGUACACGAUGCUUACUGAGGUCCUAUGCUGCGGACCAUGUACAAAGGCGGGUAGAAGUGGCGGAGGAGGAAAAGUGGGUCGGUGGCUUGCCUGGGACUCAGCAAUUUUAUCACAACUCAGCGAGGGACACCAAGCCAUAUUCCCAGCCAUCCUGACUAGCAAGCGUGGUGUGGAUAAGAAUGUUGUACGCUUUCUGAGAGACAGAACCGAAGGAAACACUAUGGUCAAGCUGUGACAGCAGAUACAGGAGAAUCACAUGGAGGAGUACCUUCAGUGGAAGGACCUGUACACCACACUCCUAAUGACUGUUGCGGAGCCCGGGGGUAUCGUCUCAGCCUUACGGCACACAUUCCAGGCGCCACUUCCUCCAAGAGAGCUUCCCUCUGCAUGGCUCUUGCGCCACGCUUUCCUGCUGGCAGAGGCCAGCAAUGUGAGGGAUUACCGAAGCCAGAUUCUGUCCACUUUUGGCACUGUGCUGAAAAUGGAUUCCACCAAAAAAGUGGUGAAAAAGCUGUCUGGGGAAGGUCAAAGCUCAGCAGAAUGGUUCACCAGUAUCGGAAAUGAGCACUCACAAAUAGUUACAUUUGUGCUGACCUGCGAGGAGUCCUUUGACAAGCUGCAGCCAAUGUGCCGUGGAGUCAUGGAGAGGUUUCACUUGGCCAAUCAGCCUGUUCCCAAAAUUUUGUAUGUGGACCGUGGGUGUUGCCGUGCACAGGGACCAUCAGUAGUAGAGGCCUUGUUUCAGCCUUGGGUGGACAGUGGGAUGCUUGUGCGUCUGGACAUCUUUCACUGGAUCCACCGGUUUGAUGCAGCCAUCCGUACAGAGUCUCAUGCAAAGUACUCUGCAUUUAAGUCUGCAGUAGCUGGGGCGGUGCUGGCUUACAACCGCACAGACCUUGAGCUGCUUAUAAGGGCCGUCAGAGCAAAGAACCCAGUAAAAAUGCAGUCUGUGUCCGAUGAGGACGUUGUCCGCCUUUACAUUUCCAGGGAGCAGUUAAAACACCAUGUGCGCAGGGUCACACUUGGGGCUCAGGAAACGUUUCGGCUCAUCCAAUUGGUUAUCGAGGAGCUGAAAGGUCCAGCUGGGCUGGAUGAGAGUGGAGUGACUCUCUUCAAAACACCUGGGGCCAUUGAUGAGAUGUGGGCAGCACAGCAGCGACACCUGGAGUGCAUUCAGGACCCACCAGACAUGAGCAUGUAUAGGGUGGCUCAUACCACAACAAUAAACAACGUGGAUGUCCCCUAUUACAAGUGUCUGCGUGGAAGCAAUAGCCUGGAAGGGUUCCACAAAUUACUUCCUAACACGAUUCCAGGUCCCCACUGCGCAGCACGUCCCUAUCAGGUUUACCUGAUAAGUGGUAUUGCAAGGUGGAACUCUGACAGGAGCUCAGAUGCUGUAUUUGGUGGCAAAGGACGGCAUCACAGGAUUUACUCUGCACCGUUGAUCGAUCGCCUCAACACUCGCUGUCAGCAGCUCUUUGGAGAACCCGUAGAAGUAAACUUCCGUGGCCCUGCUGAUCUCACAUCAAAUGAAUUGUUCGGGCUGGAGUACUUGUUCAGCCAAAGCACUGGAGAGUCUGGAACUUUCUCUCUGGAGGGCAUCGUCAGUGAUGGACCUGGUCCUGAGGAGGAGGUGGUUCAGCCUGGGCAACCCGAACCAGAUGAUCGCGAUGAAGCAUACCAGAGUGACGAAGAGGCACGCGACACUGUAUUGGAUACUGUCCUUCCCCACAUUACACUCACCAAUGAUGAGACCUCCACAGUUCACCCUCCAGCCUUUGAAGAUGCCUGCAGUUCAAACCCCCUUCCUGGAUUUGAAAAGCUGGAAAUGUUCUGCUCUGUGCUUGUGGAGAUUAGCCUGAUAGAGGACAAGCUAUCACUUACCACUGAGCAGAGGAACAAGGUCCUCCAAACCUGGAAUAGCAUGGAGGAGCAUGACAAGCAGCCACAAAAGUUUAACCAGCUGUACAAGACCCACUGGGGCAACACCCUCUACUGCCGCACUAAAAGGGAUGACUUUGUUGAUGCUGCUCUUAUACAGAGAGUAAAGAUGGCGAAGCGCUAUGCACCCACACAACAUGACAUCAGCGCUCAGAGCAACAGGCUAAUGUACACUCUGGUUAAACUUUUGUGGUUGCGCUCACCUCAGGGGUCUCGCAACAGUCCAGAGAAACUGUCUAUUUUAAAGGCCUACGAGCGAAUACAGCACCGGAUUCUGGUGGAAGAUGCGGUUCUCUGUAAAGCAGGCAUUCCUCUCCCUAAAAUUAACAUCAAGACUGUGCGGGACUUCAUUUGUCAGCAAGAAAGGAUCCUCAAUCUGCAUGCAACAAAACAUCCAUCAAUUUUGACCAAGAUCACCUCCAUCUCAUCUGCACACCUACCUCCAGCACCACACCAACCAGCAGUACUCCCUCCUCCAGACUACCCCCUGUUGAAAUAUGAGCCCACGCCCAGCACUGCAGGGACCAAGGUUUUGAAGGGAAGGAGAGACUUGCUGAUGCCAGUCUCCCACGCCAGUCUAUCCCUGGCAAUAGUGGCCCUGCUACAUCACUCUCUUCCACAUUGGUCAUAACACCCACCAUUAACACACUAGACACUGCAGGCAGACCUUCAGUCUGGGCAAGGGCAACACAGUAUAAGCGUAAGCUUAAGGAUCACCCCUCAGAAGUAGGAGCCAAAGUGUCACGGGUGCAAAA